AUCUACUGGCGCAGUCGACAGCACAAAGCACCACGGAGGAAUCGACGACGGCAACAAGACGACAGGAAACCCUCGCAGGACGCCAAAGGCGGCGUUUCAGCAGCGGACAAGAAAAGACAGAUCAUCGAGUUUCCUUCACUGGCCGUCCGCAGGAACGACACGAGGUCAAGACUGGGACAAGAAAGGCUACGAAGGAGAGAUCUGCGACGUUUCCGGAACGAAGAGGACGCCAAGCAGUAACCGUCGACGCCCAGACGAGGAGCGACCGCUGGCAGGCCACCGGGAAGAAAACAUCGACCCGACACGCGGUCACGCACCGCCACUGUCGUGCCUCAGGGACCGAGAAUUGGGCGCGGAGAGCACCAUCAGACUUCUGCAGCGAGGACGUCGGCUUCAGGCGACGAGCGACCAGGCGCACACACAAAUAUCCGAGUGAGUCCCUUGGUUCACAUUCCUCUGUUAUGUGUUGUGUUGCUCGAGCCGGCCCAAUUAUAUGAAUACCAGAUUUCCGCACCUAAACGCGGAUAAAAAUCGGAGAGACAUGAACGAGAGCGGGAAAGGCGGCGGGGAUGGUAGUCACGUGCCAGACUCAUCUCUCUCGGAAAAAGAAAUGGAGUAUAACCUGAAGCUAGGAGAGCGCCGACGCGCUCUAGAACUUGAACUCGAGCUCGCUCGGGUUCGACUGGACACCGCGACGCAGAGGCGUGACGAGGCGAGCGAGGCGGAACCUUCGAGCGGCCAGAUGGGACUCAGAUAUUACUCCAAGUUGCUAGCAGGUGCCUUCCCGAAAUUCCCAACCGACGGCGAGGUGCCUAUUUGGUUCGAGUCAGUGGAGAGCUCACUGGGUGCGUACGACGUUCCCAAGGCGCUGUGGGGGCAGAUCGUCUUCCCGAUGAUCGCUGAGCGGGUUGCAUACUUGUCGACGCGACUAACCCCUGCGGAACACAGGGAUUACGAUAUACUCAAGGGAGUAGUUCUCGACGAGUUGAAGCUGUCAGCGGCCGAAUACCAAAGGCGGUUUCUUGCCGCGACCAAGCGAAAGGGGGAGACCUGGAAAACGUUUGCAACUCGUCUACAGAGUUACAUUAACUUCUAUGUGGAGGCCCGCGGCGUCUCCUCCUUUAAGAAUCUUCUCGAACUGUUAGUCGCCGACCAGUGGAAGUCGGGUUUAGCAGAAGAAGCCGCCAAGUACGUUAAGCUGCGGGAGGGGGAAGAAUGGUUAAAAGCAGACGAACUGGCUCGGCUGCUGCAGACCUAUGAGGAAGCGGCGGGCGAGGGCAGUGCGUGCGCGAAAAUAAACCUCGCUAAAAGGGCAGAGUCAAAGGGCACCAACCAAGGGGUAAUACCGAGCGCAUCAAAAACAACCGGGAGCGUUACAGCUCGGGCAGAGAAACCCGAGACGACCAGGCCGCCCUCGGUUGUUAAGAAAGCGUCUCGGCCGGGCGAAUGCUUCCAGUGCGGAAGCACGAGCCACUACGUGGCUCAAUGCCCGUUCGCUCGGGAAGCGAGGGGGGUAAAAAGUGACGAACGACCACGCGGAGAGAGAUUAACGGCACGUAUCGCAGCUGAAAGCCGCAGCUUGGCACAUCCAAAGCUUGGGAGCGUCAAAGUUAGCUGCCGAGGCAAGGUAAUUGAUGCAAUUGUCGACACCGGAGCAGACAUCACAGUAGUCCGUGAAAGCAGCGUGCCAGAGGAGCUGCUAAAGCCGCAUGGGAGUAUAGAACUCGUGUCCGCAUUCGGCGAGAAGGUAGAAGCUAAGCUCGCCGUGGUACCACUCGCACUUUACCGCGGGGCAUCCUUGAUUCACGACGUGGGUGACGCGACGCAGGUCGUGUGCGCUCUUACGGAUCGGCUCACACACACUGACUGCCUGAUCUCCGCGGAAACAUGGGAACAGUUGCACACGCAUAAUGAGGGGGAUGACGAGGUUCACAUACAAGCAGUGGGAAAACGGGGCCAGCAGGGAGAGCAGGGACAAGAACGGGAGAACCUGUUCGAGCCAUCGAAUUCCAACACGGAUUCAACCGAUGUUCCCCCACCGCCUGAUAUCUCCGGAGAGGAGCGAGAGGAGCCGAAUCUUGAGACUGAGGUGAUGCAAACCAGUGACGCGCGAAAGUUCCGUAAUGAACAGCGAGAUGACGAGUCAUUACGACGGGCUUGGCAAAAUGCAAAAGGUGGCAAGGCGGGCAUGUCAAUAGUAGACGGAUUGCUGUACCAUAAAGAUCAAGUACUUGGUCAGAAAGUGCUGCAGUUAUUACUGCCCGAGUCGCGCCGCAGCACUGUGCUUCGCCUGGCCCAUGAGUCCUACUGGGGCGGUCAUCUCGGCUUCCGCAAAACAAAAGCGCGCAUUAAGUACAGUUUUUACUGGCCAGGCAUGGAGAACGACAUUCGCGACCAUUGCAACGGAUGUCACAGUUGUCAGGUUCGAUCAGACAGACGGCAGUCCGAUAGGGUGCCGAUAGCACCGCUCACGCGCCCGAAGUUACCAUUUCAGAAAGUCAACAUUGACGUGAUCGGCCCUAUCGACCCACCUUCAGCCAGAGGGCACCGCUAUGCAUUGUGUGUCAUAGACUUGUGCACACGCUGGCCAGAGGUGGUUUGCCUAAAGUCACUGUCAGCCAAAGCGACAUGUGAUGCGCUGCUGACCGUGUUCACCAGGACAGGAGUACCAGAAGUAGUGUGUUCGGACUGCGGAACGAAUUUCACAGCUGCACUUACUAGCGAGUUUCUCGCGAGACUGGGUUGCACCCCACGGUUCUCGACCCCUGACCACCCGGAAAGUAACGGGUCCGUGGAAAGGUGGAACCGUGUAUUCAAAAAUAUGUUGUUUCACGUAAUCGAGAGAGACGCCCGAGACUGGGAUCGAUUCGUCCCCUUCUUGCUGUGGGCCUACCGAGAGGUCCCCCACGACACAACGGGAGUGUCGCCUUUCCGGAUGCUUUACGGUAGAGACCCGGUCGGGCCUCUCGCUAUCCUCGGGAGAAGCUGGGCGGGUGAUAUUGAGAUCCCAGCGGAGUUAGCGGACGCUCCCGCGGACUACUUAGAGAAAUUGAAAACGCAACUAGAGCUCGCAGCUGACACCGCGGAGCUCACCACAAGCAAGCAACAGGAGGCGUACGCGUCGCACUACAACAAACGCGCCAUGUUAAAGGUGUUUAACGAGGGCGACGCGGUCCUCGUCUUUGACACAAACCGCGCAGGGAAAAUGUACCCGAAGUGGCUGGGGCCGUGCACAGUAACGGAAAGGUAUCGUGAGCACUCGUACUACGUGCAGACGCGCGAUGGCCGCCGCAUGCUAGUGCACGCGAACAAACUGCGCCCCUACGUUUGCGAAGUUGCAUCGGUGAGCGUUAUGUUCCACGAUGACUGUGACUUCGGGGAGGUAGAAUACACUCCGCGAGCAGCCGAGCCUGGCCAGGCGCGUCCAAUUCUCGAUCAUGAAAAGACCGCGCACAUCGAUGAAGAAACAGCUGCCCGUAUAGGUGCUGCGUUCGACCAGCACCAUGCGCUCUUCUCGGGCCAGCCGGGUAUCGCGCGAGUGGGGGAACACCGUGUGAAGCUAAUCGAAGGCGCUAGCCCAAAGCGCGGCCGCCCCUAUAGGAUUCCUGACGCCUUAAAGGGGGAGGUUACUGAACAGAUCAGAGAGCUGCUGGAGCUAGGUUUGAUAUACCGAUGUGAAAGCGCCUUCGCACACCCGAUCGUAUGCGUGCCAAAGAAAGAUGGGUCGGUGCGCUUGUGCAUCGAUUACCGCGCGCUUAAUGCAGUGUCGGAAACAGAUGCCUUCCCAAUGGGACACCCACAGGAGCUCAUCAUGCGCGUGGGGGCGGCCAAGUUCAUCACGCUCAUAGACCUGCGACGCGGUUACUGGCAGGUGCCAUUGGCCGAGGAUUCUCAGCUUUGUACGGCGUUCAUCUCGCACUGUGGUCAGUUUGCAUGGAGGGUGAUGCCCUUCGGCCUCAAAAACGCGGCGGCCACUUUCCAGAGAAAUAUGAAUCUCGUGCUGGCAGGUCACGAAGACUACGCGUGCGCCUAUCUAGACGACAUAGCUGUGUUCAGUACGUCGCUAGAACAACACGUUGAGCACCUACAGAGGGUGUUCACAGCAUUACAGGCGGCAGGCUUGCAUGCAAACCUUGAAAAGUGUCAGGUGGCUAGGCCUUCUAUUCGCUAUCUGGGGCAUAUUGUAGGUUCUGGGAGGCAUGGUCCAGAUCCCGAGAAAGUGGCGGCCAUUGAAGGACUCCAGGUGCCCCAGACAAAGAAAGAGCUGAGGAGCGCUCUCGGCCUCUGUGGCUAUUACCGUAGCUACGUUCCUAACUUUGCAGAGAUAGCUCGGCCGCUGACGCAGCUCACUGGGAAAGGGGUGCCUACUCAGAUACCUUGGCCUCCGGAAGCCCACGAGGCAUUUAAAGCCCUCAAGCAAGCCCUCUGCGAAGCCGUGUCGCUGGCUACCCCUGACCCGGGGAAGCCGUAUGUGCUCCACACUGAUGCCUCGAUGGUGGCCGUCGGUGCCUGUUUAGCACAGAUAGCUGCCGACGGCUCCGAAAUUCCGAUCGCCUUCGCAAGUCACCGGUUCACGCCAACGCAAACGCGGUGGGCCACGAUCGAACGCGAAGCAUUCGGGGUGAUUUGGGGAUUAAAGAAGUUUGAGACGUGGGUCUUCGGCACCCAGGUAACCGUCGUUACCGACCAUAACCCGCUCUCGUACCUUACAAGCAGCGUGCCCCAGGGCGCAAAACUCACACGUUGGGCCUUAGCGCUACAGCGUUACGACGUGAUAAUCCGUCACCGCAAGGGCAGCACCCAUACAAAUGCGGAUGCCCUAUCUAGGCUCCCUAACGGUUGCUGGGAAGCAUUGCCGGCUCGAGCACCAUAGCAAGCAGGCGUGGAAUGUGGCCUCGUGGACCACACGAAAAGUGCUGUGACUUUUGUGUGCCAAUACGAACUCCCGCGGAAGGAAUGAACCAUUUGUCUCGUGGACUCGUUGAGUGUUCAAUGGUGUUUUCAUACCCCUAUAUUUCGCGUAACCCUUGAAGUGUGCAUGACUUAAUUUUGUGGUGUUGUAAUGACGCCGGACUUCGUUUUGUGUUUGUAGUCCAAUUAAUCUUGGUUUAGAUUAAUGGAUCUUGGAAGGGAGGUGUAAGGUCUGGCGUCAUUGUUUAUCGCUUUCUCGGCGUGCUCUAUGUGUUGCCGGGCGCCGCCACCUUCGCAUUCGUGACUAAUGCAUACCCGUAAAGAGAUUGCCAUUUGCGGGAAGCUGGCCGGGGUGUCAUGUUUCCUCUCCGUGCUCCGAUGGAUGGACGAGCAGCAUUGCAUUCCGGAGUGCCAAGGUUGUAUGAGAGUUGCGCAAGACCUGACAUCAGAACCGACGAAUGGCAAAGCCUCUGAAGGAGUGAUGUCAGUUUUGGCAAAUAGCAAAGCGUCUGAAGAAAUGAUGUCAGUUUUGACGAAUGGCGCUGGAGAAAAGUGAUGUCAGUGUUCGGAGUGUUUUUUCUAUGUUCUUUCACUUGGGGGGGAUUGUAAGCAGCGCGUAUCCGCUGGUAUUUAAGCGUGGUCUUGACUGGAAAAGGGGUUCUUGUCUGGAGCUAGGUGGGCAGGCCUCACCUCGAGUAGCCGCGGAGAGGGUCCGUGGGGCGGCCAGAAAGUUCCCUUCCUGCUUUGUAAAAGUUGCUUUAUCGUGAUUCCCUGUAUAUAAAGUAUACCUACCCCAUACCAAGCCUCACCGAGCCUUCUCGCUGAUGACAUCGGGAGUCCGUGGCGCAUCGAGAAGAACAAAGAACCA